UGAAAAGAAGAGAGAAGAAAAAUCUGAUGCAUCGAUAAGGUAAUAAUUUUUUUUCGAGAGAGAGAAGUAAAAAAAUAAGAAAUUAAUUUUCUUUAGAAUUCCAAGUUCAAAAAAAUCAGAUCGCAAUUCUCAAAUGCAAAGAUCAUCAACAAGCAUGGGAUCUUAUGAAUUAAGAAAAAAAUCCGAUAUAAAUUGCAUAAAAUCUGAACAAAAGUCAAUGAGUGCAAGAAUAGAAAAUCAAAAAUGUAAUUUAAUGACAAAAACAUCAAACGAAAUAACGGAAAAUUUGACAAAUCCAAAUUCUGGAAGAGCAAAAUGGAAAACACGACAACCAGAAGUAAUGAAAAUGUUAAAAGAAUUAAUAAAAAAUACCGCCGAUGAUGAAGAAAAUGAAAUUUCUUCAAAUUGUCUAGAAAUCCCUAACGAUUCCGUAUCAAAAUCGUCAUUAAUUAAAAGUAAAACUGUAAAUUCUUUAACAUCUCAUGCAUCGUCAAAAACAAAAUUCGACAAUCGUAAAUCAUAUUUGCGUAAAAAUUCAAAUGAUUCAAGUUAUUUAGAAACAUACAUAAAAUUUAAUUCACGACAAAGUCUCGCCACAAAUUCAGAUAAAUCUUUUGUCGAUAAAAACGUGAAAGAGAAAAAAUCGAAUACAUCCCAUUACGAUCAAAGCAUAAAUGAUAAAAAGAAAAAUAUAAAUGACGAGAUGGAAAUAUCGAAAAUUUCAAAAUCAGAAAUUAUCUUCGAUAUUCAAUCGAAUGAAAAUAUUUCUCAAUCAAAUUGCGAAUUAAAAACAAAAAUUUCGUCCUCAAAAUCAUGUCAAGUUUCAUUUGAAACUUCAACUUGUUCCAAAAGUUCAGAUAUUUUAUUUGAAGUGAAAUCUUUGGAAUCUGAAAAUCAAUCUUCAGAAAUGUUUAUCAACAAAACAUCAAAAAAAAGUUUUCGUGAAUUGAGAGAAAUUCUUGAAAAAUAUGGAUUAAAUGUGAAUGAAGCGAAAAGAAAAUUGAAUUCAACGGAAAAUGGAUCAUUUACAUCGAUUCUAUUGGAUAAAGAAAAAGGAACAAUCGUUGCUGUUUGCUCAUCACAAACUUUAUUCGAUAAAUUCGCAUCUUUAUCAGAUAGCGAUUUAAAAAUAGUCGAAUUAAAAGAUAUCGUGAAGCAAUUAUCCUCAGAUUCAUUUGAUAAUAAUAAUAAAAUAUCAAAAAUAGAAAGAGAAAUUGAAACUGAUCAUGAACAAAAUUUGAAAAUUGUCCAAAUAACUAAUAACAAUUCAAAAAAUUCACUUUCAAAACACGAAUGUUUUUCUGAGAACAAGAAAGAAGAAUUUUCUUCGUCAUCGUCAAUUAAUUGCGCAGAAUUAAUCAAAAAUGAAUUAAAAAACAAAGAAACUUGUGAAAAUUCAGAGAAUCAAAUUAACAUUCUUUCGAAAGUUGAAGAAAAAUUUUCGUUUGUCAAUUUAAUCAUAAAAGAAGAAACAGAACGUAAAGGAAAAUUUAAUUUUCCAAAUAAUUCUAAAAAUGAUGAUAAAAAUUUGUUGAAAUUUGACGAUAAAUCUUUAGAAAAUUGUAAUUUGCAAAAAAUGGAAGUUCCAAAUUUUGAGAGCGUUUUACAAAAAGAUAUAGAAACACCACAAACAGAUGACAAAGAAGUAAAUUUAUCGAAGAAGGAGAAGGAAAUUGUAAAAAAAAUUGAAAUUUUUUGCGAUGCUCCAAAAGAAUUAACUCCUAUAAAUUCUGAUGUAAUUGAAAAAAUAGAAUCACCUUUAGUAAAUUCAUCAUCAAAUCAAACGGAAUUUUCUUCAGCAAAUUCAGCUUUAAAUAAGGGGAAAAAAAUAACUUCAACUGAAGAAAUAGUGAAAGAAGAAUACAAAUCCACGAAAAUUGAGAAAUUUGAAGAUACAAAAAAUUUAGUUCCAAAUAAUAAAGAAGAAAAUGAAGAAAAAUUAGUAGUAAAUGAAGAAAAACAAUUUUCUAAACUAAAUUUAACUCCACUUGAAGAAACAGUAAAAGAAGUUAAAAAUUUUGAAGAAGAUUCUAAAGAAGAGGAUAAAAAUUUGAAAACUGCAAAUUCUGUUGUUGAUAAAGAAAAAAUUAAUGAAGCUAAUACUUUUAUCAGUUCUAAGAACGAAUUUUCUUUGGUAAAUUCAAUUUCAAAUGAAGAAAAUUGUUCUUCAAUAAAUUUAAUUCCUCCUGAAAAAUUAAUAAACGAACAUUCAAAUUUUCAAGAAGAAAAUUCAAAAAAAGAAUUAUUAAAUUCAACUUCUAAUGAAAAUAUAGAAAAUAAAGAAACAUCAUCUGUAAAUUUAAUCCAAUCUGAAGAACUGAUAAACGAACUUUUAAAAGAACUUUUAAAUUUUCAAGAAGAUCCUAAUGAAAAAUAUGAAGAUUCAAAGAAAAAUUCAUUAAAUUCUCUCAUGGUUAAACAAAAUAAUGAAAUUCAAAUUGAUUCUCCAAUUGAAUCCGAAAGAGUUCUUAAAAUUAAUUCUAUGGAGAAUUCAACUCCAAUUAAAGAAAUAGAAAAUGAAGAAUUUUCUUUCGUCAUUUCUACUACAAAUGAAAAAAUAGUCAACGAAAAAGAAAUUGCUUCAAUAAAUUUAUCAUCAACUAAAGAAACUGUAAAUAAACAUCAAAGCGAAGAAAAUUCUUCAAAGAAGAAUAAAAAGUUCAAAAAAGAAUUGUCUUUCUUAAAAUAUGAGUCGGGUAAAGAAAACGAAGAAAUAAAAAAUCAAGAACCUGUAAAAAACGUAAGUAAAAGAUUAGAGUCAAUUUCUAAAUUAAAGAAAAAAUUAUCACCUAUUAAAUCCAAUGAUGAAUUCUUCAAAAAACGUUUGAAUUCCGUUUUAAAAGCAAUAGCAACAAAAAGUGAAAGUCUUUUACAAGAAACUGAAUUAAUGAACAAUGAACAUCACAAAAUUGUUUCAACAAUUUCACUUGCAAGCUCAAAUUCAUUUUCUAAAUUGAAAAUUCUCUCAGUAAAAAUUCCAAAAAUCAAUAUAAAUAAUUCAAAUUUGAAUGAUAUUUCAUCGAAAAUUAAUGUAAAUGAAAAUAAUCAGGAAUUCAAUUCUCCAAUCAGAUUAAUGUCAAAAUUAAAUUUUAUUCCCUCACUCGUUGCGUUUUGGGACAAUAAAAAAGAAUCUCAAAUAGAAAUAAAAAUUAUUGACAAAGAAAAUAAAGAGAAUUCUGAAAAUUUGUCAAUGUGUAAAAAAUCAAUUUCUUCAAGUUUUAUUGCAAAUGUGAAAAAAUUCGAAAACUUAUCAAAAAAUUCUAAAAUUGAGAACUCUUGUAAAAAUUUGGAAAAUACAAAAAACUCAGAAACUUGUAAAUAUUCAAAAAUAUUGGAAAACAGUGAUUUGACUAGAAAAAGAAGAAAUACCCAAAAAUGUAAAUCUUGCGGAAAAAAGCGUAAAUACUCAUCAAAUUUGAGUUGUCCAUUGAAAACGGAAAUUUCCGAGACAUCGGAAUUAUUAAAAUUGAAAAAUCAAAAUUCCAAUGAAUUUAUUGACGAUUAUUCACUGCCAUCGAUGAUUAAUUGUAAGAAUGGUAAAAUUCACAAAUUUCCAAUGAUCGACAAUACAAAUCGAUUAGCACAAAAUUUAGCUGUUGCAACACUUAAAUUGGCAACAAAACGUGCACAAAAUUUAUACAAAAAUGUUGUUCUUUGCCGUCAAUGUUUGACAUCGUUAAACUCACAUGAUUCAGAUAUAACAUUGGAAUCAAAUAAUUCACCAAGACGAGUAAAUAAUAACAAAAAAAAUUGUAUGAGCGACAAAAAUGAUUUGAAAUUGAAAGAUAACGACAAUUUUUCGUCAAUUAAUGUUUUAAAAUCGAAAACUUUCAAAAAAGCAUUGAAGACAUUUAGAAAUUCAUCGAAUCGAAGGGAGAAGCAUUAUCAGAAUAAUGGAAAAAAUAACAAAAUUUCAAAAAUUCUAUUCGAGGAACAUUUAUCGAAAUCAAUUUUAAUUGUCAUUUUAAUAUUUUUUCUCGUUCUUUGGUAUUUGUUCUAAAAUUAUUUUAUUUAAAAAAAAAAAGAAUUUUCUUUUUUAGUAUUUUUGAAUUUAGGAACAUUUUUCCAAUUUUUGAUAUUUUUUUUACUG